AUGCGGUACAACACAGUCGUCUCUGCCCCCAGACCCGACCCUAGAGUCGUCUCUAUCCACCAGCUGCCGGAAGGACAGACUGUCCAGAUCUCAUCCUGGUCCAGUUCAACGACCCAACGUGCCCAUUCACUCGUCGAGGACGAUUCCGAUGUUGCUAUCGCUGUGAUGGGAGCGACAGGAAGUGGAAAGACAACUUUCAUCAAUCUAGCUAGCGGCUCCAGCCUUCGAGUCGGAAGAGGCUUGAUGUCUUGCACCAAUGUAGUUCAAGUCGCGGAACCAUUCGGGCUGGAAGGACGAACGGUGACUUUGAUCGACACACCGGGAUUCGACGACACCACCAAGAGCGACGCCGACAUUCUUCGCAUGAUCGGUCUUUUCCUCGCCACAACGUACGAGAACGGCAAGAAACUAGCCGGUGUCAUUUACAUCCAUCGCAUCUCCGAUUUCAGGAUGGGAGGCAUCUCCACCCGCAAUUUCAGGAUGUUCCGAGAGCUCUGCGGAGAAUCUACUCUCGAGAACGUCGUCAUUGUCACCAACAUGUGGGGCGAAGUCAGUCGCGAGAUUGGCGAGGCCCGUGAAGCCGAGCUGGCCUCCCGAGAUGUAUUCUUUCAGCCAGUCCUUCAGAAAGGCGCUCAGUUGCUGCGCCACGAGAACACGGAGGAGUCGGCGCACCUAAUACUUCGCCACAUCAUCGACAAUCACCCUCUCUCUCUUCAAAUCCAGCGCGAGCUGGUAGAUGAGCACAAGGACAUCUCGCAGACAGCCGCAGGAGCAGAGCUCAACAAGGAGCUCAUGCGGCUGAUGGAGAAGCACAAGAAAGAGAUGCGAGAACUUCAGGAGGACUUGGAAGAGGCAAUCAGGACCAAGGACGAAGAAACCAAAAGGGAACUCGAAAUCGAAACAAAGAAACUUCAGGCAGAAAUGAACCGUGUCCAGUCAGACGCCGCAGGUCUCGUGUCCCAAUACAAGGCAGAGAAAGAACAGAUGGAGACACGCAUGCACCAAUUUAUCGAGCAGUCGCAGCUCAACACCCAGCAAGCGGCUCAGAAGCACAACGAGCAGAUGGAGGUUCUCCAAAAGCACUUGAACGAUACGACAUCAAACUCUGCAGCGCAAAUCUCCGCACUUAAGUUCCGUCUGGUCGAAGUACAGAGAGCGGGUCGAAAGCGCAGGGGAGGUCUUUUCGGUGCAGUAGGAGGUUUCCUGGAUAACAUCUUUCGCCUUUGA